AUGCCUUCGCUCCCCGUCCUCAUCUCACCGUAUUCUGUCAGGUAUCCCGAGGCUUUUGCGAGCCGGUCGAGUCGAAGAAAACGGGAUCCGCCCCUUGGCGUUGGAAGAGCGGAACCAGCGGCGUUUCUGGAGCAUAUUCACCGUUUGGUUCUCCAUCAACUCCAACAUCCUUGGGUUCGUCGACCUCGUCCUUGUGCUCGGAGCCGGACGCGGAAGGCGAGUUUGACUGACGCCGCCUCCCCGGACAGCAUUGCAUUUGGUAUGCUCGGUCCUCUGGUGUACCGCCUGAGCCUGCGCGACUCGACCCUCGUCAUCGUCUUCUUCAACCUGCUGGCAACUACCGCGGCAGGCAUUCUUGCCACGAUCGGACCAAAGACGGGCAUGAGGCAAAUGAUACAUGCUCGCUACAGUUUCGGCCGCCGUCUCGCUUCCAUUCCGGUCCUGUUCAACCUGGCCACGCUGGCAGGAUUCAACGCCGUGAUUUGCGUCGUCGGUGGGCAGUGCCUCUCGGCAGUCUCGUCGGGAACCGUGACGCCAGAUGUAGGCAUCGUCGUGAUUUCGGUCCUAUCCCUGGUUGUGUCGUUUGCGGGUUUCCAGGUGUUGCAUGUCUUUGAAACACUGUCCUUCAUCCCGGCUCUGAUCAGCAUCGUGAUAGCCGCUGGGGUUGGCGGAAGCGGACUCCAAAGACAGAGUCAUGUCGCAACACCCGCGGCAGCCGCCGACCUGCUGACGUUUGGCAUGGUCGUUGCGGGCUACCAAAUCCCCUGGGGUGCGAUUGCCAGCGACCUGACGACGUAUUUCGACCCCAAGGUCUCGUCGUGGCGAGUGUUUCUCUACACGUACACGGGACUUCUCAUCCCCGCCGUGCUGCUCAUGUCUCUCGGUGCGGCUGUUGCGGGCGCGCUCCCCGGCAAUCCCUCGUGGGAGCAGGGCAACGACGCGUACGGCGUGGGCGGUGUCCUGGCCGCCAUGUUGAGCAGCGCCGGCGGAUUCGGUAAAUUCGUCGUCGUGCUGCAGACGCUCUCCCUCCUGGGCAAUACCUGCGGCAGCUUCUACGCCAUCACGCUCAACUUCCAGGCUCUCGCGCCGAUUCUCGGCAGGGUCCCCAGGUGCGCGUUUGCGGUCGCCAUAACGGCGGCCAUCAUUCCCGUGGCCAUGUAUGCGUCUCGCAACUUUCUCGCCAGCUUGAGCAAUUUCAUCGCCAUGAUUUCGUACUGGUCGGCCGCGUAUGUGGGCAUCGUCAUGGCGGAUCACGUCGUCAUUCGGCGCUGCCGUUUCGAUUCGUACGACGCGGCCGUCUGGGACCAGGGAGGCAGACUGCCGCUGGGCGUGGCCGCCAUUUCCAGCGGCGUGAUUGCAUUCGGCCUCGUGGUCCCGUGCGUCAAGGAGGAGUGGUACGUCGGCCCGGUUGCGCAGAAGACGGGCGACGUUGGUUUCGAGGUGGCCUUUGUCCUGAGCACCUUGGCCUACGUGCCUCUCCGACUCCUGGAAAGGCGUCUCACCCGACGAUGA